UCCAAAGUUCUCUACAACACAGUAUUUAAAAGAAACUGCGCUCAAAGGACAUUUCAACAUAUUUGUCUUUGCCUGGCCAGUUUCAAAACUGACAAAACAAAGAGCCACAAUGAAAUAUUUGGCGCUGGCUUUGCUGCUCUGUGUCUUGACGUCAUUGUCAAACAGCCAAUGCUAUGUCAAACAAAGGACACCUGACACAGAAACUCAAACCCAUUGUCAGGAUGAUGUGGAUUUGACUUGGCAUCCUAAAGGGACCAAAUGGAGGAACAGCGCAUGUCAGGAUUGUACUUGUGAUAGUUGCUGCGCUGGGUAUGCAACUCCAACAAAAUUCCCUAAAGACUGUGUGUCUGUGUUUGAUCAGGAGGCAUGUCAGUAUGUUGUCCACAAGAAAGAUGACCCAUCUGUGCUGUGUCCCAUCUUUGGUGCAGUAGGAAAAUAAUGCAAUUAUUGAUCAGGAUGAUUUUAAGGCCCUAACAGGGUCAAGUUUUUACGAAAUAUACAUCAGUUAAUAACAGUAUUUACCACAAUGAACAUCCUUUACCCUGAUUAUGUAAAGGACUUUAGCAUGCUUAUAGAAAAAAGAAAAAGAAACAAAGAUGUACAAAUUUGAGCUCAAUAGGGUGUACUCCUUAUGUGUUUGCACAAAUAAAAAGUGUUUGAACAUCUGAA